CAAGCUUAUUAUUCACACUCACGCCCUCUUCUUCAUCGCCAUCAAAAUCACAAUCAGCAUCACAGACCUUAAUUUUAAUCGCCAAAGAAAGCAAAGAAAGAAAACAGAGGAAGAAGAAGAAGAAGCAGUUUGCCCUAGAUUCCCUAUAGAACUAUUCGCUCUCUCCAAAGACUUGAUAAAAACAACUACAAACUUGUGAGAAAGAUAUUCUAUGGUUCAUCUGAUGAAGAUUUUGGACUAUACAGGGUGGCUAUUUUUAUUGAGUUUCUGUGUUUUGUUGAUCAUAAAUGGGUAAUCGUGGACAAAAGCGUACUGAAAUGGUUGAUGAAUUGCCAGCUGAUAAGAGGGCGUGUAGUUCAUUGGAUUUUAGACCCAGUUCAUCCAACUCCUCAGUUCAGACCCAUAUGAACUCCACACAUUCAAUACAUGAAACCCAUGACAAUGAUAUGGACACUUCCUCUUCUGCUUCGGCUUCAAGCCGAUCAGAGGGGGAACCCGAGAGGGAUUCAGCAUAUGGGUCUUGUGAUUCUGAUGACGCGGGGCAGAGGCGUAACAAUCUUCGCGACUAUCGCGAUUAUCAGAGGCAGAGAUCUUCCGGUGAUCAUGGGAAAUUCAAGAGGAUUUUAACAAGUUUGAGUGAAGAAUCCGAGCCUUCAGGGCAACUGGCUGCGCUUACUGAGUUGUGUGAAGUGUUGUCGUUUUGUACAGAGGAUUCACUUUCAAGCAUGAUUUCCGACUCAUUAGCUCCACUUCUUGUAAAAUAUGCAAAGCACGAGAGUAAUCCGGAUAUAAUGUUGCUGGCUAUAAGGGCUAUAACUUAUAUUUGUGAUGUGUAUCCUCGGUCAUCUAAUUUCUUAAUUAGGCAUGAUGCAGUUCCUGCUCUUUGUCGAUUAAUGGCUUUUGAGUACGUGGAUGUUGCUGAACAGUGUCUGCAAGCUUUGGAGAAGAUAUCGCGGGAGCAACCACUUGCUUGCUUACAGGCUGGGGCAAUUAUGGCUGUCCUAAAUUUUAUCGAAUUCUUCCCAACAAGUGUACAGAGAGUUGCUUUAUCCACUGUGGUGAACAUAUGUAAGAAACUUCCUUCAGAAUCUCCUUCACGUUUUAUGGAAGCUGUUCCCAUACUGUGCAAUCUUCUUCAGCAUGAGGAUAGACAGCUUGUCGAAUAUGUUGCUAUUUGCUUGAUUAAAAUAGUGGAGCAAGUAAGUCAGUCUUCCGAGAUGCUGGAUGAACUUUGUAAGAAUGCGCUGAUUGGUCAAAUUGUACAUCUUCUAGACUUGAAUAGCCGAACAACUGUAUCCCGACCUAUUUAUAAUGGUUUGAUUGGGAUACUUGUCAAACUUUCUUCUGGUUCAAUUGUAGCCUUCAAAGCUCUAUAUGAGCUCAAUAUAAGCAGCAUAUUGAAGGAUAUAUUAUCCACUUAUGACCUCUCACAUGGAAUGUCUUCUCCUCAUACAGUGGAUGGACAAUGCAACCAGGUAUAUGAAGUUCUGAAGUUGCUUAAUGAGCUUCUACCUACUUCAGCCAGAGAUCUAGAUGCUCAACAAGUGUCAGAUAAGGAAGCUUUCUUAGUUAACUGCCCCAGUCUUCUGCAAAAAUUUGGGAUGGAUGUACUUCCCUUGUUGAUCCAGGUGGUUAAUUCUGGUGCAAAUUUAUAUGUUUGCUAUGGCUGCCUAUCUGUUGUCAACAAGUUAGUUUAUUUGAGCAAAUCUGACAUGCUUCUUGAAUUGCUGAAGAAUGCCAACAUUUCAAGCUUUUUGGCUGGAGUAUUCACUAGAAAGGAUCAGCAUGUGCUAUUGGUAGCCCUACAGAUUGCUGAGAUGAUCCUGCAGAAGCUUUCUGAUAUUUUCCUGAAUUCCUUCAUCAAGGAAGGUAUCUUCUUUGCUAUUGAUGCACUGCUAACACAAGAAAACUGUUCUCAGUUGAUGUUUCCAGUGUUCAGUGGCAUCCAGCUACCGUUUGAAUCAAGUCAGAAAUUAGCUUCAAAGGAGGUCCUGAGAUGCUUAUGUUAUGCUUUUGCUACUGGUCAAUCUGCUACAGCAUCAGAAACUGGUAGUUGCAAGCUUGAAAAGGAUUCUGUUCACAAUCUCGCAAAGCACAUAAAGACUAAUUACUUUGCACCAAAAUUAUAUGACUCUGAGAAAGGCGUGACUGAUAUUCUUCAAAAGCUCAGAACUUUGUCUACUACUUUAAGUGAUUUGGUUAACAUGACAAUCAGUAAUGAUGUUCCUGCUCAGCCUGAAGAGAGGUUUUAUUGUAUAUUGCAUCAAAUUAUGGCUAAUCUUAAUGGAAGGGAAACCAUUUCCACUUUUGAAUUUAUUGAAAGUGGGAUUAUGAGAUCACUACUGAAUUACCUAUCCAAUAGCCAGUACCUAAGGGAAAAGUGUGAGGGUCAGGGUGUAAAUGGUCAUUUCUUUGUUGUAGAAAAGCGGUUUGAGAUGUUUGCAAGGCUGUUCUUGUCUUCUUCAGAACCCCAUUCUGUGGACUUGCCCCUAGUGGUGCUGAUACAAAAAUUACAGAGUGCACUAUCUUCUUUGGAGAAUUUCCCGGUUAUUUUGAGCCAUGGAUCCAAGCAAAGGAACUCUUAUGCCAUGAUUCCAAGUGGACGCCGCACACUACAUCCAUGUCUAAAAGUUCGUUUUGUGCGAGGAGAUGUAGAGACAUGCCUUUGUGACUAUUCUGAAGAUGUUCAAACUGUUGAUCCUUUUUGCUCUUUGGAUGCCAUUGAAGGAUAUCUGUGGCCUAAAGUUAGCAUUAAAAGAAAUGAGCACAUUGAGUCAUCCAGUUGUGCUAUGGGCCAGACAGAUAGUCUACCACCUGAUUUACCAUCAAAUGCAAGUGCUGGCCCAGGAGAAAGUUUACCUCACAUGGAACAUGACAGUAUGUCCACAGAUUUGCCUAAUAUGCAGGAAGAUGAUGCUAAAUUGUCUCAGUCUGCACCUGAAGAAGCAGUCACUGAGCCUGUGGAGCAAGAAUUACACAUUCCUUCAGACCCAGACACCAAUAAGGAAAUUCAGCAUCCUGCCUCUUCUAGCGAUGAAGAUGCUUCACCAAAACUGGUGUUUUACCUUGAAGAGCAACAGCUGGAUAGAACACUGACACUAUACCAAACAAUUCUCCACCAACAAAUAAAAGAAAAUGAAUUUAUAACUUGUUCAAAAUUGUGGAGUCAAGUGUACACUUUAACAUAUAAAAGAGCUGUGGAACCUAUCCAAAAUAAUUCUCAAGAAUGUAUUCUGUCAGAAAAAAAUUUCUUUGUUCCAGAUAAUGUCAGGGCAUAUAUGCAAUACACUCCAUUUUUCUCUAGCAUGUUUGCUUGUGAACUCACUUCUGACUUGGAGAGGUCAAGUUCUACUUACGAUAUACUAUUUCUGCUCAAAAGCUUGGAAGGCUUGGCCCGAAAUGCAUUUCAUCUGAUGUCCCGUGAAAGAGUAUGUGCUUUUGCUGAAGGAAAAAUUGAUAACUUGGAUGGUCUAAAGGUAGUAGUUCCUUCAGUGCCACAGAAUGAGUUUGUAAGCAAUAAAUUGACAGAAAAACUAGAACAGCAGAUGCGGGACUCUUUGUCUUUGUCCACUGGUGGUAUGCCUUCUUGGUGUAAACAGUUAAUGGCUUCUUGUCCUUUUCUAUUUAGUUUUGAGGCAAGAUGUAAGUACUUCCGGUUGGCAGCAUUUGGUCAACUGCAAAUUCAAUCUCAUCAACUGUCUCAUAGUAAUUCAGGGCCCACUAGCGACAGGCGGCCCAGCUCUAGCAGUUUGCCACGUAAGAAGUUUUUAGUUUUCCGCAACCAGAUUCUGGACUCUGCAGCCCAAAUGAUGGACCUGCAUGCGCGUCAUAAAGUGCUUAUUGAAGUGGAAUAUAAUGAAGAAGUUGGUACUGGUCUUGGUCCGACAUUGGAAUUCUAUACCCUGGUCAGUCAUGAGUUCCAGAAGUCUGGCCUAGUUAUGUGGAGGGGGGAUCAUAGUUCAUUUGCCCCCAGGACAAGCUUACAGGCUGAGGAUAUGGCAAUUCUGAUGUCACCUUCUGGACUUUUCCCAUGUCCAUGGCCAUCUAGUUUAAAUACAUCUGAUGAUCGGUUUUCUGAAGUUCUGAAAAAGUUUGUCCUUUUGGGCCAAGUGGUUGCAAAGUCUCUUCAAGAUGGAAGGGUCUUGGAUCUUCAUUUCUCUAAAGCCUUUUAUAAACUCAUUAUUGGCCAGGAACUUACUCUCUAUGACAUCCAGUCAUUUGAUCCUGAGCUUGGUAGGACAUUGCUAGAGUUUCAGGCUCUUGUUAAUAGGAAAAAGUUUUUGGAAUCUGUCUGCAAAGAAAAUUCACCACCUGAAUUUGAUUCAUGCUUUCGGAAUACCAGAAUUGAAGAUCUUUUCCUUGAUUUUACUCUCCCUGGGUAUCCUGACUAUGUACUUACUUCUGGCGCUGAUCAUAAAAUGGUUAAUAUGAGUAACUUGGAGGAAUAUAUCUCGCUUGUUGUGGAUGCAACUAUAAACAGUGGAAUUUCUAGACAAGUAGAAGCUUUUAAAUCCGGAUUUAACCAGGUUUUCCCUAUUGAACAUCUUCAGAUUUUUACUGAAAAGGAACUAGAGCGUUUACUAUGUGGAGAAUAUGAUUCUUGGGCUUUCAACGAGCUCCUGGAUCAUAUCAAGUUUGAUCAUGGAUACACAUCCAGCAGUCCUCCAGUAGUUAAUUUGCUGGAAAUCAUACAAGAGUUUGACCAUGGACAGCGACGAGCAUUUCUGCAGUUUGUGACUGGGGCACCUAGGCUUCCCCCGGGAGGUUUGGCGUCUCUCAAUCCAAAGUUGACAAUUGUUCGAAAACAUUGUGGCAACUGGGCUGACAUUGACCUACCUAGUGUGAUGACUUGUGCAAAUUAUCUUAAGCUGCCAGCUUACUCUUCAAAAGAGAAGAUGAGGGAGAAGCUCUUAUAUGCCAUAACAGAAGGACAAGGAUCAUUCCACUUAUCAUAGCGUCAGAUAUCGCUGUCCAACAGGUGCUCAAUUGUGAAAUUGUAAUUAUUAGAGUAGGUGUUGGUGGUGUAGAUAAAAGACUGGCUGGUUAAGGAGGAGCUGAUUGUUGAGGAGGAGCUGAUUGUUUGGAACAAAAGGAAGCUCCUUUCUUUGCUGACUAUAAUUGGUGGGAUAUGUAAAUAACCUGUAAUUACAGGUGGUUUAUCUAUUUCAUGUUGGGAAGCUGUACAGGAAAAGAAGGGGAAUUUCAGAUAGAUGGGUUGCACUUCCAACAUUUCAUGUAUAAAGCUGUGUAUAUAGAUUUUUAUCAUUAUAUAUAGUUGCUCUUUUGUUCCUGCUGCAAUAAUA